ACGCUGAUCGGUUGGGAGAAGGUUGUUCGUGACUCGUCUUUUGGAAUAAAUUAUUACCCCUUCGCUGCGUGUCAACUUUUGAAACAUAUCUCCAUCUGAAGCCAGUUUUGAGACAUAUAUUAUCUCGUGAUUUUGGAAAUCGGAGAAAGAGAAAGGAUAGAUAAAACCCAUUUCUCGGCACCAUGGCAGACACUAACUGCUUGGUGCGAGAAGGCCAGAACAGCUGUGUGGUGAAAUGCAUCCAUUGCGAGUCCCGGGUGUUGUCUCCCCAGUCGGCCACUUUCCUCAGUCAGUCGCAUGCACUGCCAACCCCGACGCAGCCCAAAGAUCAGCCAUCACCAAAUACAGAGGAUCUUGGUGAAUGGUGGGUAGUGGAUGACAUGUUCACCUUCGACAAUAUCGGCUUCUCCCACACGGUUGGCAGCACGAAGUACCUUGUGUGUGCAGACUGUGAGAGAGGACCAGUCGGCUGGCAUGACAACACCACCAAGAAGAGCUACGUGGCUUUAGCCAGGGUCAAGCACACCUAGCAAGUGGGUGUCUGGCCAAAGGGUGUGUGAAAAGUUGUGGGACAUUAAAAAAGAUUAAAAACGAAGAAAAAAAAAGAUAGAAGUUCUGUUCCGUUCUGCGAGGCUUAGAAGAAAAUGUUAGAUGAAAGAUAUAAUAUUCCUAUUUAAGGGGGGGGGGGAUGGAUGACUAAAUACUCUAGUAUAAAAAGAAUGGAAGGAUGUAAGGAAAACUGGAGGUAUUAACAGGAAAAUAACACUCCAUUUAGAGGGGAGAGAAAUCGAAAAAAAUAAAAUAAAAUCUUAACUUCGCACAAUGUUUGCCAGGGUCUUUAAGGGUGUGAGAAUGGCUUGCGGAAUUGAAUGUGGUGGCGGCGCUUUUAUCCUGCUUCAACUAAACUGUCGCAGAGGCAAGAAUUCUAAUUGUGCAAAUGCCAUGUAUAAACUAUCAUUGCAAGCUGACAAUCAUAUGAAUGUUCAUGGGGAAAGAUAUGUUAUUUAUGUUUUAGGGAUUGUGAAUAAGUUUGUGCGUUGUAGUUGUAGGAUUUUUUUUUUUUUUUAGUAUUAUGUAUUUUAAAUUGAUUCAUUUUUCAGUCAUUCCUUUUUAAUAUACAAGUUGAGGAAUCAUAUAAGUGGAUUAUGGUUUAAUUUAUGGGUAUGUGUAAUAUUAUAAUGUUAUAGAAAUGUUCACAAAUCUUUCAGGGUAAAACUUGGUAUUUUUUUGUACAAUGAUUCCAUCACAUGUAUAUGUCAUGUCAAUUAUUUAUUUAUUUAUAGUUGGUGAAUCCCUGUUUUUCUUUCAUUAUGUUGCACCACUUCAUGAAAUUUUUCUCCCCUGUUAUUUUAUUUUCCUACUAUUCUGAUCCACAUAUUCCACAAGUUACUUCUCUUCCCCCUACCUUCUUUCCUUCUAUUUUUUUUUCCACUUUUCUCUCCUUUCUCCCCUAUUCUCCCUUUCCCCCUUCCCUCUUCCCUCAUUCCUCAUUCCUCAUUCCUCCUCUGCCUUC